UCAAGCAAGCAUCCACAUCUUACUUAGUAGACAAAAGCAAAUAUAUGCAGAAAAGUUUGAGAGGGAUUAGGAAUAAGAUGUUUCAGAGGAAAUAAGAAGUUGUCUGUUCCGAAAAAAUCGAGGAAGCCCCAAAAGAUCAUCCUAACUUUACAGAACUAUUGUGAUAAAAAUAGCCCACUCAAAUUUUACAAGAAUAGCAUGAACAACACAUUUAAACCUAUUGAGGGAGCAGUGCAAGGAAUGAGACAGCCAGAUAAAGAACAGCAGUUCAAAGAGAGCAUAGAGUGAAAGAUCCUCGAUUGGAUUCCUAAAAGUACGAUGACUUUUCAAGAGAAACUUUGCGAAACUAACAAGCAUAAAGGGAAAGCAAUAGUCUUGGAUAAAAAGAAUGACACAUUUGAUAUUGAUAGCGAUAUGGCCCCAGAGCUUACGAUUAAGAGUAAAUAUGAGAAAAAUAAAUAA